CAUUAUGAAUCAGUGAAUACGUAUAGUGCUGGUAGUAAGUUCUCGGGUGAAUUUAAUAUGUCAGUUAUAACAUUGUGAUAUGCAGUUUCGAAGUGUUUAUUGGUAUUGAAUUAAAAUGCUGCACUGCAACGUUAUUUUGAGUUUAGUGCCUAUUCUGGUGUAUAUAGAAAGCGUUAUGUGUAUGGAGAAAGAAAUGACAAUAAGCAUCGACCCAGGAAGGCAGGAAUGUUUCUAUCAGACAGUAAAACUUGGGCAAGUAAUUGAUCUUGAAUACCAAGUAAUUGAUGGUGGACAAGGAGAAAUUGACAUCUCAUUUUACCUCGCUACACCAUCAGGGAGAAUAGUUGUUUCAGAUUUAAAGAAACCUGAGAAUUCUCAUAGGAUAGAAGCAUCUGAAGAAGGAGAUUACAGAAUAUGCUGGGAUAAUACAUUUAGUAAUUUCAAUAGCAAAACUGUCUUCUUUGAAAUUAUUGUGGAAAGUAAUGAUGAUGAUGAAAGAGAUCCAUGGGAUGUCGAUUUUGAAAAUUAUGAUGGCUUAAGUCCUGAGGAAUUAUAUGAUAUGAAGAUACAGGAUAUUCAGGAUGCAAUGAGCCGUGUGCACACACAUCUUGUAAAAAUUCGACAUGUCCAGGAUACACUACGUGCUUUUGAGGCAAGGGAUCGAAACAUUGCAGAAGGCAACUUUAUACGAGUGAAUUAUUGGUCCAUGAUUCAGAUUGUUGUGAUGCUUUUUGUAGGAUUAAUUCAGGUGAUAAUGGUCAAAAGCCUGUUUGAUGACAAGUCUCGUGUUCAUCGCUUUUGGAAGAGUGGCAUCACCUCUUGAUGAUGGCACUGUGCUUUUCUAAUUCCUAGUUUCUGUAUUUGUUUUCAAUGUGGUUACCAUACUUUUUUCUAAGUAAAUAAGACAAAUCUGCUCAUGUGUUUAUUUUGUGAAGACUUCUGAAGUACCCUUUCUUUACUUGUAGUCAGAAAGAAAUUUUUAGUGGUGCAUGAUACAGGUGGUACUGGAGUGUUCUAAAAGUGAAGUAUGGCUAAAAUUAAUGUCAAGUACAUACAAAAUAUAUCAGAGGGAUGUAAAAUAAUAUGGGUUCAAAGGCAUGCUAUAUAAAUGCAUAAUAUUAAAAGUGAUGCACAUUGUAUCACAAACAAGAAACAAUUAAAACAAGAACAUUUUGUAAUAAUUAUUAUUGGAAAAUGGUAUUCCAUAUAAUUUUUUAAUUCUCAAGAUGUCUGAAUGAACUUAGCUUUAAUUUGCCAAAAACUGUUCUCAAUAUUUUAUGACAAGUUUGUGAUAAAGUGUUUGUAGUUAUUAGUAGAAAUGUGUUAUAACAUUUAUUCUGAGGAUUUGUGUUCAGACCUCACUACCUACAGAUGGAGGUGUGCCUAGAAAUGUUUAAAUGUGAAUAUAUUCUAGUGCUUCUACUAAUGUACCUGUGUUUAUUUUGUGUUCAGUAAAUUUAACAGAAACUGGCUGCAGUAUGUUUGAGGUCAGCACAUAUUUCUUUGAAAAACUUAGUCUGGGGGUUCUGAUAUUUUUUCUCUUUUUGUGCACUAACAUAAUUCUUAAAAAUUAAUGAACUUUACACAUUCUCAAUACUCCUUACCUUCCUUCUGGUACAUAUGCAUAGACACACCCAUUUACUUUUACUGAGUAAUUUUUAAAUUAAAUGUUAGUUACAGUGUGCCAGGUACUUCAAAACCACUAUAAUAUGCAGUCCCUUCAGACAUUCACAGAACAGCUGAGUUUUUGGCACUACACACUGAUUGUGAUAAAUUGUUUGGUUACAUUUUUAAUAUAUCCAUGACCAAGGUUAGAAAUAUUCUUGCCCUAGUCACUGUAAACUUGCCUAUAGAAAGUGGUUGAACGUAUUUCAGGAGUACUGCCAAUUAAUAUUCACCUUCUAUAAAUUUGUCCUGUGUACACUUAUUCAUGAUGUAGUGUCCAAAAAGUAAUAAUGAAAAUACUCCAGUAUACAUUUCUAACCUAUCGAGUGUACAGUGUAAUGUGAUAUUAUAAUAAUAUUAAACCACAAAAACAUUAUUCUGGCAGCUAUUUAAUUCAGUGUUAAAAAUUUGGAUACAAUGAACACUUUCUUAUCCUGCAAAGAUACUAGUUUUUUUCCUCACUAUCUGCUGUAGAAUUUACAAUAUUGCAGGAAGUCCUUGACAAACAGAGUAUGCAGCUUUCAGCUUAUUCAUUAAUAUUUCAUGAAAGUAUGGACAGUAGUGAUACUGCACAAUUUGAUGUACUAAUUUGAGAUUUCACUGGUGAUUUUAUAUGUUUUGGAAGAGAUGGCUGUCACACAAAGCAUGUAAGGCAUCACCAAAGGGGUUGGACUAGAUGGAAAAAUUAGAAAAAACUAAUGGUAAAAUUAUGACCGUGAGUUUCAAGGCUUGUCAGUAUUGUGUUUGGUGGUGCAUCUCUGAUGUCUGAUGUAAGAAAUGGCCUGGUGGCUUUAAUAAAGAAGAAAAUGGUGCCUGAAGGAGUUGACUCAUCACAAUUAAUUGUGUCAUUGUAUCAUUCACUAAGGACAUGUGCAAAAAUCCUAGGUUUGGAACAUGUAAUGACUACUGUAGUGUUAGCAAUAAAUUUAAUAAAAUAAAUUGACUUGAGUCACCAUCAAUUCAAACAAUUUGGGCAGUUAUUGCAUCAGUGUAUGGUGAUAUAAAAUACUUUUGUGAUGAGAUUUCAGUUUCUUGCAGCAGCAAAUAAUAAGGUACAUCUGUCAUAGGACAUUUAUUUAUAGAUCUAAAUUUGGAAUAAGUUAGCAGUGACUUUGUCAUUGGUUAAAAAUGUAACUAAUUUUAGAACAUAUUCUAAUAAAUACCUUCUUCCUUUUCCCUUAGGUAUGAGCUUCAAUUUAUGAUUUUCCUAAUCCUAGUGUCCCUUGUUCAGUUGCAUAAUUAUUUUUUGAAAUAUGUAGUAUUAAUUUUGCAGCAAUACAUUGUGACGUAUUUACAGACCAAAAUGCGUGUGCCUUAUGAACAAGUUUGAACAUAGUGUCAUAGGUUUUUCAUGAUAUUUGCCAUGAGUGUAUGUGAUUCAAAUUUAAUUGAGAGCAAGGUGUCACAAAUUUUAAAAGGCAAUAUUCAUGUAAUACCAUUUGAAGUACUAUAUGUUAACCAUGUUUUCUCUUCCUUCUAGUGCUUCUGAACAUAUUAUUGUGCUUUAAUUGUGCCAUUAUUGAUUACUAUUUGUAACCCUUUAUGUGUUUUAAUAUGGUAAAUACUUAUUUUGCAUGCUGUUUUAUUUUCUGCAAACCAGUUUACUUGUGUUUUCUCUAAUGAAAGUAUGUAAAGAUGAAUCUGGAAAUAAUUUGAAAAUUACUUUUAAGAGUCAGUUCGUUGUGUUGUAUAGCUUUAGAGACAGAAAAUGAGACAUCAUUAUUAUAAUCAGUUAAAGGACUGAUAUUAUGUUAUUUGAAUACAUGUAUUUAUAUUUUAAGUUAUUUUGUGCCAUCUGUCUUUUCCAAGUGCUACAUAUGUAAUACAAGAAACAUGUGAGUGUAAUUUACCAAAUUUUACUCAAAACAAUUAAAAGAAUAUGUAUCACAUAUUAAACCUCAACGUGCCAUGCUUGCAUUUUCUCUCACAUUUUUAAUAUUUUAUGAGUCAGGUGUGUUAACAUUGGUAAUUAAUUAUGAAUUUAUAUGAUUCAACAUAAAACACUGAGGGAAAAUGUACUCCUAGCAACAAAUCUAGGUAUGAUUUCAGUUUUGUGCUUUUAUAUCUAAUAUUUAGUCAUAUAUACCAUAUGGUCCAAUUGGAUUUACAGUCAUAUCUACUUACAAUGAAAAUGUAUGACCCACAUAGAAUUGAAAACUCUUGUUUUUAUAUAAGGGCCAAAGGACUGCUGAAAAUGUAACAGAAUUUCUGAGGUCAUGAAUUAUGUUUAUUUUUGGAAAAUAAUGUGUUGAUGAUGUAUUAUUGUUCAUUAAAAUGAAAAAUCUUCCAUUU